AUGGCAAAGAUACUAGAACAUUUGAUAAAAAAUCGGUUAGAAUGGUUCUUAGAGAGUAAGGAUGUUUUACCGAAGAGCCAAUUUGGCUUUCGAAAAAGCUUAAGCACUAUGGAUAGCCUCAGUACACUAGUAACUGACAUCCGUAUUGCUUUUUCUAAAAAUGAAUACCUUGUUGGAGUCUUUCUCGAUAUUUCAUCUGCAUACGACAAUGUACUUCUUCAACUCAAAAGUCUUCCACAAGGCUCAGUCCUCAGUCCUAUUCUCUAUACUAUCUACACUUUCGAUUUAGAUCUUGCAGUCAAUUCAAUUUGUAAUGUCCUACAGUAUGCAGAUGAUUUAGCCCUAUACAUUUCUACAGAUAACCUGACUACAGCUAAUUCCCGGUUAAAUUCUACUAUGGAAUAUUUACAAUGCUGGUUAACUGAUCACGGUCUAUCCCUCUCUGUUUCCAAAAGCAGUAUAGUGAUUUUUACUCGCCAUAAGAAUGUCCCUAAUAUUCCAGUUUUAUAUAAUGGCUUACCUAUUCCUAUUCGGGACAAGGUAAAAUUUUUAGGUAUGGUACUAGAUAAUAAAUUAUCCUUUACACAACACAUUGAAUACAUUUCUAAAAAGUGUGAUAAGAAUAUAAAUAUUCUUCGUUCCCUUUCAGGAGUGUGGUGGGGAUCUCAUCCUUUUUCACAAAAGCUACUAUAUAAUGCUACUCGUAUAAUUCGUAGUCAUUUAGAUUAUGGAUGCUUUCUUUUAGAGCCUUGCAAUAAAUCGUCACUUAAAACUUUAGACAAAAUACAGUAUAAAUGUCUCCGCAUUAUAAUUGGUGCAAUGAAAUCUUACCCAAUCAAUGCCCUUCAGGUAGAGUGUGUAGAUCCUCCUCUCAACAUAAGAAGACAAUAUCUUUCAGACAGAUUCUUCUUUAAGAUCUGUCAACUCUCUUCUCAUCCCCUAAUUCCCAGGUUACACCUCCUCUCAGAAUUCUUAUCUUCAAGUAGGUACUGGCUCCAUAAAGAUUGUCCACAUUUAUUUAAUAGCUUAGUCUCAUUUCUCCAAAUUCCUGGGCCCAUUUUCUCAUGCAAUACAAGUCCACUCUUUAAUACUCCUUUCAAAGCUAUUAUAUAUCAACCUAACAUUCACCUUGACCUAGAUAUUAGAAAAGGUUCCCCUGAAGCAGAUUUAAAACUAAAAGAAGCCAUAGGGAAAAAUUGGAAAGAUUGGAUGACCAUGUGUACAGAUGCAUCCAAAAAUACUGAUGAUGGCUGCACUGGUGCAGCUGUCUGGAUCCCCAGGUUUAAAAUAAUCUUUAGCUUUAAGUGCCCUUCAUUAUGUUCCAUUUUUACUGCUGAGACAAUUGCAAUCCAUGAAGCUCUGCUAUAUAUUGAAUCACAUAGCCUAGACAAGACAGUGAUCUUUAGCGAUUCUAAGAGUUGUUUAUCUGCUAUUUUGGCUAACCAAUUUCAAAGUAAAUAUAAAUUUCCCCUAAUUCUUGAUAUAAAAAGCAUUCUGUAUAGGUGUCAUCUUAAAGGGAUUUCUGUCUGUUUAGCCUGGAUACCUAGUCAUAGUGGUAUUUGUGAAAAUGAUAAAGCAGAUUUGUGUGCCAAAGAGGCUACUAGAAAUGGCACCCCACUAAAUGUUACUUAUUCCCAUGACUUGCUGUCACUUGCUAGGAGAAAGCUUGUUAAUACGUGGAAUGAGAUAUGGAAAGCAUCACAAAUACUAAAAGGCAAGCACUAUGCUGCUAUACAAGAUAAUAUUCCAUCAAGACCUUGGUUUUUCAUAUUUAAUAAAGCAAACAAACGUGCCACCUCUAUUGUCUGCCGGUUGAGAAUUGGACAUGCCUGUACCUAUGUUCACCUAGCUAAACUCAGGAUUAGGGAUAGUUCUCUGUGCGAAUGUGGUUUAAAUGAGGGAAACACUAAUCAUAUUUUUUUUAACUGCACCAAAUUGUCAUCAUCUCUUUACGAUUAUCUGCCCUCUGACAUCCCUCGUCCCAUAGACUUUAACUCCCUUCUAAUCUUCACAAAUACCUCUUUUGUAUAUAUUUUAUGUGAUUUUAUUAACUCUAACAACAUUAAACUAUAA